AUGUAUCAAAAACACGGAUUGGUUCAUCGAGAUAUCAAACCAGACAACAUUUUUGUGACCCAUGAAUACCAGCUGAAGAUUGGUGACUUUGGAUUGGUAAAAGUAGUGGAAGAUGAUGAAACUAUUACGGGGACGUUUAUUGGAACAACACGAUAUAUGAGUCCACCUGAUAUAAAGUCGUAUGGGGUACAACGGGAUGUUUAUGAACAAUUAAAGGAGGCUGAUGUAUCGAACUCCCAUCGAAAUGAUGUCUACAGUCUGGGACUUGUUAUGUGGGAAAUCGUCGAAAGGAGUAAACAUAGAGUGAUUCAUCGGGACAUCAAACCGGAGAACAUUUUCGUGAACAACACCUUCGACCCAAAACUCGGAGAUUUUGGGACAGCGCGAGAAGUCGAUGAGACUCUCUCCGGAACGUGUAUCGGAACGCAGCGAUACAUGAAUCCAGACGUAAAUAAUCUUUCCAAGGCAUCUCAUCGAAACGACGUUUAUUCGAUGGGGCUCGUGUUGUGGGAGAUUAUUGAGAGAAGAUGCACCGUUUUCGAUUAUCGAAAAAGACCUAUUGCCAAAGAAAUUGUCAAGCAGCUGAAGCAAUUGGAUGAGCGAGGAUUUUUCCCGACAUUUAUCGAACAAGACGAGCAAAUGAGUGAGCUCAUCCGCCCGAUUGGUUUCAACGGACGCCAUGAAAGAGUGCCGGUGCCAAGGCGACCAACCGAAGAUCACCCCAGGCCAUCCAUCCAGUCUACUACUCAAGGGCUCAACUUCACAACGAUGGAGUCU